AUGGCUUCAAGUUUGGUCUUCAGGACAGCCAUCUUCUUCCUCAUCCAAACUGGAACACUGGCCUUCCGUGUGGACUCUCGAAUAUCCAGUUCUCAUAAAAAUAUCACACACACAGCCAUCCUGCAAAUAGUGACAGAUGUCUGCAGGAAACAGGCUCAGCUCAUGGGAAAGGAUUUUGUUCUUCCUGAUCAUCUGACGACUGAUUCACUGGCCAAAGCUUGCUCUUCUUCAGAGUCAGUAAAAGCUUUCCGCAGUGCUAUUGAUGAAAUCACACACGGAAACACCAAUGUGGACCCUCAGCAUGCUUCCAUGGAGUACCACUUUGAUGAUGAGAGCUUUUUACAAGGGCAGAACCUCAUCACAGCAGGUGUGACCUCUGUCAAGGCCAGCUUACGGCAGGGGAACUUCCAAGUGGCAAGACAACACUUAGGAGAGGUUCUGCACACUUUACAGGACUUCUACAGUCACAGUAACUGGAUAGAACUGGGAAACAUAGAGCCAUACUCCAACCUCAUCAGACCUGGCAGCCUGAUUGAUAACAUUGCUGAUAAGAAUACUCCAACAUGCAAGAGUUGCAUUGGGAAUGACUGUCAAAACAACAUCCUGGACAGUAUCAUCAGUCAGAAGAAGCUGACAUCAGGAUACUACAGCUCAUCUGGCUCCUCCAAACCAAAUGGAAAGUGCAGCCAUGGUGGAGCUUCUGAUAGAACAAGCCGUGUGGAGCCUGCUGGGGGUAUCAGUAAGGAUUAUGUUGACUCCAGUCAUGGUUUCUUACACCAUCAGGCAGCUGCUGUAGCAACAACUGCAACCAUUGAACUACUCGAGGACAUUAUGGGAGCGGCUGGAGACAUCAACUUCUUAAGACUAAUGGGAAUCUCUCAGUCCACCUCCAUUCUCUGUUUUGUCAUCGACACUACGGGAAGCAUGGAAGACGAAAUUGAACAAAUAAGGAAUGUAACUUCAUCGAUCAUAGAUCAGAGGAUAGGCACCGCUAAUGAGCCCUCUCUUUAUAUCCUGGUUCCAUUCAAUGACCCAGAGUUUGGACCAAUGCAGAGAACCACAGACCCCGACGAGAUCAAACAAAAAAUUAAGUCUGUCACUGAGGAGGUGGAAGGGGGUGGUGAUCCCCCUGAAAUGUGUCUCUCAGCACUUCAGUUGGCACUGACAGGUGCUCCUCCAGAGACUGAUAUCUUUGUUCUCACUGACGCUGAAGCAAAGGAUACUGAAUUGAAAGGCACAGUGUUGGCACUGAUUGAAAGCACAAAGUCUAAAGUGAACUUUUUGCUCACAAAUGCCCUCAUAAGUCGUCGAAGGAGGAGGAGCAGUGGUGGAGAAAAAGGCCAUCAUGCCAAUCCUUUGAACCAACUUUAUAGAGAGCUAGCAGAAGCCUCUGGUGGACUGGCUAUUGAGGUCACCAAGAAAACUCUUCCUCAGGCUACCAGCAUCAUUGUGGAUGCCUCCAACUCAGCAAGGGUAACUCUUCUUCAUGCUGUGAGGAAUCCAGGCAGACCAGAUGAUUUCUCGUUCCUCACAGACUCAUCUGUACGAAACCUCAAAAUCUACAUGACAGGCUACUCCCUUACAUUUACUAUCACAAGCCCCUCAGGAAAAUCACAGUCAAAUGGAGUUUCAAAUGGAGACCUGGGGGUGAUCAACAAAGUUGGGAAUUUCUACACAGUGACACUGAAUGGCCAUAAUCAAACGGGACUGUGGAAAAUUUGCAUGAAUUCCACACAGCCUUACACUGUCAAAGUAACAGGUCAGAGUGAGAUUGACUUUCUCUUUUACUUUGUGGAGUUGUUCAAAGAACCCCACCCAGGAUAUGCUGUUUUGGACAGUCGACCUCCAAUCAACAGUAAUGUUAACCUGCUGGUGUCUGUAACUGGAGGAGACUCCGUCAGAGUGACAGAGGUAGCCCUGGUUGAUGCCUCAGAUUCUGGGGCUGUUAAUGGCACUUUGGAAGAUCUGGGAAGUGGAGACUACUUGGUGACUAUGAGUAAAGUUCCUGCUGGACAGUUUGUUGUUUCUGUCAAAGGGGAGAGAAACUUCACCAAAUCUUUACCUGACCGUUUUCAGAGACAGUCCACGACCCAAAUCAGAGCUUCCAGUGUCUUCAUCGCUACUCAGGUGAAUGGCACGUGGGAGCCUGGAACAGCUGUGAGUGUGGCCUUCACUGUGUCCACCGGCGGCUCAGUAGGUAGCCUCACAAUCCGUGCCAGGAACAACCGUGGAUUUGAUACCACUUUCCCACAGUCACUUAUUACUGACAGUGAGGGCCGCGCCAAAGGAAUAAUAACCCUCACUGCUCCCUCGGACACACCCACUGGCACUGAUGUCACACUGACCAUUGAAGCUGAUGCUCCUGGGGACUCGGACACCAACUAUGCUGUGCUACGCCUUGCUGUCGUCGCUCCAGUGACAGAUGUGACGCCUCCAGUGUGUGAGAUCACGAGCAUAAAUGCUCACUGCUCUGUUAACUGCAGCCUGUCGACAUGGGAGCUUUCUGCCAACCUGACAGACGGAAACGGGACAGGAAUCCAGAGUUUAACGAUGCGGCAAGGCAAUGGAAACCUCACAAACACCACUGUGCAUGAGGGGGGUGUGGACGUGAUCCUUGCAUCGUACAUUGCCUCUUGUUGUUCACAAGAUGUCAAACUGGUUGCUGUGGAUAAGGUGGGCAAUGUUGGCACCUGUGUUGGAUCCAUCAGAGGUGCUGUUACAGCAAGCACUAGCAUGUCAUCUCCCAUGCCUACCAAUGCCAUCACAGAAUAUACCACACGGAGCACUGCCACGGCACAGCCAAAGGCAAAUUCACUAUCCCUCAAGGCUACAGUGCUCAGAACUCUUCAACUCAUUGCCAGAACCCCUGCUUAUGCUGUAGUACCAGCCAUGGCGCCAAGUUCACCGCUAGCUCCGGAGGACAUGGGUGCUGCAGUGUUUCUGUGGAGUGAGCGACACAUCGACUCACUGAUCCACACCACUAGGAUCUACAGCAAUGACAUCGGCAUGUCAUUUGGGCUUGAGAAGUGUGGCCGUAUGUCUGCUGUGUCCCGCACAACUUUCGAGAAGCGCCUAAAGACUUACCUUUUCCGUGGAACACUUACCUUCAGCUCUAACUAA